UAAAGCCUUUUAAACACAGCGCCAUGUCUGAGACUACAACAUUUAAAAUCUCUUACAUUUUUCCAAAUGGAGACAAAUAUGAGGGAGAGUGCUCUCGUACCUCAGAUGGUGUGGUAAUAAGGAAAGGGUUUGGCAUACAUACUUCAGCCUCUGGAGUUACAUACACUGGGGAAUGGGAAAAUGAUAAGAUGAAUGGUAGUGGAACUCUUAAACACCCAUCGGGGGCAAUUUACAACGGUCUCUUCAGAGACAACAUGUAUCACGGCAAAGGAACUUACCGAUUUCCUGAUGGAACAGAAUACACUGGAACCUUCAACAACAAUAGAUUUGAGGGUGACGGGGAUUUCACAGAUUCACAAGGACUUGUGUGGACCGGAAUCUUCCACAAGAAAGCAGCACUAGGACUGAAGCUCAAACUCAACACGUAGCAUGCACUGAUACACACAAACAAAUGUCAUUUCAAGUAAUACAGCAAAAUGUUUUUGCUAUUUUUGCCCAUUUUCUUUCUUUUCAAUUGUAUGACAUACUGUAUGUUCAUCAUUCACUAAAAGGUUUUAUGGACUUUGAUGAGACAAACGAAACUUGAAAAUAUAUUC